AUGGGUCCAAACAACGACGACGCCUCUCCAAUUCUCCACCAGUUCAUCUUCGUGGCGCCAGUUGCUCUCCAUGCCAUUGAUGUUUCUCGAGAUCACAAGCCGGACCAAACGGAUGAGAGGCAAAGGAUUGAAAGUGCUGGUGGCUUGUUAUGUGGGCUGAGAGUUGGUGGCGUUCUUGCCGUUUCUCGUGCUUUCGGUGAUAGACUUCUGAAACAGUAUAUUGCUGAUCUAGAAAUCCAGGAAGUUGUUGCAAUAAUAAAGAAAAUAGAUUAUGCAGAAGAGGCGGCAAAGAAGUUGAUGCAAGAAGCAUAUCAGAGAGGUAGUUCUGACAACAUUACUUGUGUUGUGGUUCGUUUCUUAACGAACAAAGGCGCUGCUUCUAGUACUAGCUCCGGCUAA